AUGCCUGCCCCCCUCCCUCCCAACAGCACCCUCCUCCGUGGCCUGCUGCCCCUGCUGGUGCUCCUGGCGCUGCCCACCGCCAGCUGGGAGCACGGCACCGCUGGCAGGGCGCUGCUGCAGAGCGCCGCGCCCCCGCCGCCGCCGCCCCGCAGCACCCAGGGCCUGCCGCUGGACGCCAUCCAGCUGCCGCCCGGCUUCUCCAUCGAGCUCUACUCCGACGACAGGUUCCCGGCCCGCUUCCUGGAUGUGGCAGAGGCGGGGAACGCCACCGUCGUGUUUGUGUCAUCCACCAAAUCUGUGGUGACGGCCCUGGUGGACAGAGGCGGCAGCGCGCCCGUCCAGGCGUGCACGCUGCUGGAUGGGCAGGACGGCCCCAACGGCAUUGCCUAUGACCCCUCCGCCCGCUCCCUGUACGUGGCCGAAGUGCGGGCCAUCACCCGCCACGACAACGCACUCGCCUCGGCCCUGGCGGGCUGCGACCGCAGCCUGCUCCGCUCCAGCGCGGUGGCCAACGCCAGCCUGCUGCCGCCACAGGCCAGCCACUCCAGCCGUGCGCUGGCCAUCGGCCCGGCAGACGGCCUGCUGUACUACACAGUGGCGGCGCCCUUCAACGUGGAUGUGUGCAGGGACCCGUACUGCACCAUCCACCGCAUCGCCAAGAACGGCUCGGGGCAUGGCAUUUUUGCACGAGGCAUCCGCAAUGCUGCCGGGUUUGACUGGGUCCAGGGGCGGCUCAUGUUUGCGGGCAUGGAGAGGGAUCGCAUGGGCAACGACCUUCCCGACGACAUCCUGGGGCUGGCAGACCCAGCCACGCCAGGCGUGGACUACGGCUGGCCGUACUGCCACUGGGUCGGGGAUGGCCCUCCCGAGCUGCGGGAGCCAGGCCCGGGUCGGAUCAUCCCUGACCCAACUGUCUUCCCGCCGGGUGUGGGCCCAUCUGUUGAUGUGCUGACGCAGCGCUGCAAAGAAGUGGCGGUGCCGCCGGUGCAGGCCCUGGGCCCGCAUGUGGCGCCCCUGGGCGUGCUGUACUGGACUCCGCCCGUGACGGCUGCCGAGGCUGAUGGCGCAUCCUCUGGGCAGCGCCAGCAGUGGCCGGCACAGUAUGAUGGCGGCGUGUUUGUGGGAGAGCAUGGGUCUUGGGACCGCGACGUGCCCAUCGGCUACAGGAUUGCCCACGUGCAGCUGUCAGAGGAUGGGCGCACGGCGGUGGGGCACUCCAUCUUUGCCGAGGGCUGGCUGGGCUCGGAUGGCAAGAAAUGGGGCCGCCCCGUGGGACUGGCCAGGCUGCCAGAUGGUUCCAUGCUGGUGGCAGACGACAAGGCCAACACCGUGUACCGCAUCUCGUACGACGGCACGGCUGGCGGGGCAGGCGCAGCCUCGUCCCCAUCCCCGCCACCGCCCACGCCCGUGGCCACACGAUGGAGCCUGGAUGUAAAGUUUGGCGGCAAGAUGGAAGCCGUCAUGCUGCUGCAAGAGUGGGUGUCCACCGUGGGCGCGGCGGCAGGGCUGACGCCGGCAAACACGUCGCUGGGCACGGGCAGCAUUGGUGCCCCUGAGAGCACCCUGGAGCUGGAGGUGUCGUUCAGCAGCCUGGGAGAGCUGGAGGAGUUUUGGAGCAGUAUCCCGCAGGCACAGCACAAGGCGUGGGGACAGCGCAUGCAGCAGUUCAUAGUGCACGGUAGUCCGCAGUGGCAGCACCACCCAUGGCAGCGGCGGCUGCCGGCGGCGUACGCACCAGCAGCGGCGGCGUGCCCAGCAGCAGAAGCAGCAGAAGCAGCAGCAGCAGCGGAGCAGGCGGCCUGGUGGUACCGAGCAUGGAGGAGGUUGGAAAGUAUGCUACAGAGGCCGACUUUCCAGCUGCGCUGCCCGCCACGCAGCAGCAGACGGCCAGCGGGCUGUCAGUGGUGA